AUGAAAAAGGUUCAUGAGACUUUAAUCCCGUUGGAAGAUUACAAGCUUCCUCCAUUGGGGCAUGCAAUCUCUGGUGCAGUUGGCUCAUCCAUCGCUAAUCUAUUCGUGUACCCUUUGGACAUUGCUACUACACGUAUUCAACUUAAUUCCAAGCAGGCCGAAAAAGCUAAAAGACAAGGUCUUUUAGAAACGAUUGCAACUAUUUACAAGACAGAAGGUGGCAUUAAAGGCCUCUACGCUGGACUUGGAUCUGAUACAGUAGCAUCAGUCCUAUCAAGUUUUAUUUACUUUUAUUGCUAUACAGCACUAAGAAACGUUCAGGAAAAGAUUAAUACAAAAAUGGGUAAGGCUACCCAGCUGAAUGUAGCCCAAGAGCUCUUUUUGGGUGCAGAAGCAGCCUUGAUCUCCAGAUUAUUCACCACACCCGUAUCCAACGUUACCACCAGACUUCAGACAGCAGGACAUCAUAAUAAGAAAGGUUUUGUGGAUAUGAUGAAGGAUAUCUAUGAGGAAAAGGGCAUAACUGGGUUUUGGACAGGCUAUCGUGCUUCGAUCAUGCUUGUUUCUAACCCCUCUAUCACGUAUUUUGUGUUUGAGAAGGUAAAAGACUUGUAUCUCAGAAACAGCAAGAACACCUUGUCUUCUUUCCAAAUAUUUUUACUUUCUGCCGUCUCCAAGAGUAUUGCUACCGCCAUCACAUAUCCCUUUAUUUUUGUGCGUACAAAGAUGGUGGCCGAUGUCAAGGGCAAAAGUGCAAUCGAAAAUCAAAAAAGUAUUUUGGCAAUUUUUAAGGAUACAUUUGAGAAAGAAGGGGCAAGUGGUAUUUACAAGGGUAUUCGUGCGCAAAUCGUCAAGGGAUUUUUUAAUCAGGGUAUCAUGUACAUGAUCAAGGACUAUGUAGCUACUUACCUUACCUUGGUAUUUUACGCUUCACUCAAGCUUAAGUUCCGUAGGCAACAAGCUUCAUUAUUAUAG